AUCUUUCUUCCUGGAGCUUCCCGGACCCAAUUAGAUGUUGUACCAGUGUGGUUACCCUGGUGACAGGCGUCGCGGUUUAUCUAGGAACCAAGAGAAGAGGUGGAUUCGCAGGCCGCUGGAAGGAUUCAGUCUAACCCUAAUACAGUAUUCGAAGGACCCAGACCUCUUCUUUUCCUCAUCCUGUGGAUGUUCUGCAAAGUAAACAACCAUAAAUACUUUCUUCUCUGUUGAUAGAAAAAAAAGAGGCCUAUUCGUCUCAAUCAUGGAGUCAUCAUCAAAGGGUCUGCUCACCCAAGUUACUCAAUUCUGGAACCUCCUAGAUGAUCUGGCUGAAAAUAACCCUGAAAGCUAUGAGAAGUUCAUUCAGCAGCAGCUGAAAGAGGGGAAACAGCUCUGUGUUGCGCCAGAACCACAGCUCUGUCUACAAACCAAGAUCCUGAAACCAAAAGAAAAAACACUUUUUAUCAACCUAUGUCAGUGGAAAAGGAUCCCAGCUCCCCAGUCAACUACUCACCCAGUACCUCUAAGUGUUGGCAGACCAGAAGAUAUGUCUGAGGCAUCGGAUGUUUACACAGUCAUCGAUGUGGCCUACAAUCCUGAUGUUCUCCAGGCAGCAGAAAAGGACCAAGUCAAAAGAGAUCAAUUAAUACGGAUGGCCAUGAAAUGCAUUGAGCAACAACUUCAAUUCACUCUCUCAAACUCUUACCACAUUGCCAAAUUUAGAAUAAAAGGAAGCAUUCACAGAAUGAAACAAAAUCUGAUGAGAAUCCAUACUGUUCCCACAGAUUUAAGAGAGCAAAUGAGAAAGGAACUAACCCUUGAACAGAUAAGAAGCAGUACUGUGAGCAAUGCAGAUCAGUUUCCUCAACUUUUACUGCCCCAAAGCCAAGCUUCAGGUAAAACAGAAUGUCUGAUAGAAGAGAUUUCCAGUACGGAGAUCCAAGUGGAGAUGACGAGACCAGCCUAUGAAUUAAAAAUUGUGGCAGAUCAGAAUGAGAAACCUCUGAAAAUUGAAUUAAUAGUUGAAUUACCAGGUGUUAAUUCAGUCUCUCUCUGUGACCUCAGUGUUUCUGAGGAUGAUUUAUUGAUCGAGGUCUCUGAGAAGUACAGAUUACACCUGAAUCUUCCAGAACCUGUGGAUACUGAAAUGACAACAGCAAAAUUUAUCAAAGAAAAAGCUACAUUAAUCGUCACAAUGCCAUUGGUAUAAGUCAAGAGCGUCAUGGAUUUUAGAUUUUUAGUGUUAAACUCAUGUGAAUUAUAGGACCUUCAUUAUGG